CCGGAGCUCGCUGCUUUUCCCCAUUUCCUGCCGGCCCGGCUCCUUUAAGAGGGCAGAGCCGAUGCCGGGAACUCGCGUCACUUUUCCAGCCUAGGAAAGUCUCCAGGUCCAUGAGCGGAGGAGCCGCCACCGCCUCGAGCUCGCUCUCCCAUCGUUGCGCGCGGCGGGCCCGGGCCGAGUCGGGAAGGCUGGCGGAGGAGGAAAAAAACCCUCGGCCGCCCGCUCCGCAGACGGCACCGCCUCGCCUCCUUUCUCCGAGCCAUGCGAGGGACCCCUCCGGGCUGGCUGGGGCGCGAGCGGCCGGCUCGCCGGUGAUCAUCGGAGGCGCCGCGCCGUGAAGCAGAGAGCGCCUUCGGCCGGCCGGCCGCGGUGCUGCUGCUGCGAGGGAGGGAAAAAAGGAAGCCAAAGCCAGCCAGCCAAGGCAAGGCAAAGCAGCGGGCGGAAAGGCGCAGCCCAGCAGCCCGGGAAGAGAGAGAGAGGGAGAGGGGUAAGAAGAAGAAGAAGAAGCCAGGCGCGCGGUGCCGUGCGGUGCGCGGCCAACUUCCUUCCUUUUUGGGUGCUCGCUCGCUCGCCCGCCCGCCCUCCGCGGAGACAUGUCGGAAGGUCCCGAUCUGGUCUGCAUCAAGCAGGAAAGAAUUUCGUAUACUCCGCCUGUGAGCCCAGUAGACGAUUAUCCUUCCUCGUCACCUCUCCAUGUCCCACUGCAUCGAACUAUCAGGAUGGAGGACGAGACCCUCAGACUUCCAGCCCAUUUGCGUUUGCAACCCGUCUACUGGAGCAGAGACGAUGUGGGUCAGUGGCUAAAGUGGGCGGAGAAGGAGUUCUCCCUUAGAACCAUUGACAGCAAUACCUUUGAGAUGAAUGGUAAAGCUCUCUUGCUACUAACCAAAGAGGACUUCCGAUAUAGAUCUCCACAUUCUGGUGAUGUGUUAUAUGAGCUUCUUCAGCACAUCUUGAAGCAAAGAAAUUCUCAUAUGUUGUUUUCUCCCUUCUUCCACCCUGGGAAUUCUGUCCAUGCUCCGCCAGAUGUCAUGCUGCAUCAGAACCACGAUGAAGACAACUUUAUCUCAAGAGCUUCAAGGCAGUCGACAGACUCGAUGCAUCACAAUCCACCUACCAUUGAACUCUUACACCGCUCCAGAUCACCCCUCAGCGCCAAUCACAGGCCUUCACCAGAAUCUGAGCAGCGGUCCUUGAAGUCCCCCCUGGAGAACACUAUUCGUCGCCUCUCGCCAGCUGACCGGCUCUUGGGGACGCGACACCAGGAGAACAACCAUCAGGAGUCUUACCCCCUCUCGGUGUCUCCGGCUGAGAGCAACCAUUGCCCAACGCCUUCGGAGGUGGCUCAGAAGCCUUCCAGUCCUCGCCAGGAAAAUACUAGGGUCAUCCAGUUGAUGCCCAGUCCGAUAAUGCAUCCUUUGAUACUGAAUCCCCGACACUCCGUUGACUUCAAAGCUUCGAGGUUGUCUGAAGAUGGGCUGCACAGAGAGGUGAAGCCCAUCAACUUGUCCCACCGGGAAGAGUUAGCGUUCAUGAACCACAUCAUGGUGUCCGUCUCGCCCCCUGAAGAGCACGCAAUGCCAAUUGGGAGAAUCGCAGACUGCAGACUCCUUUGGGAUUACGUCUAUCAGUUGCUUUCCGACAGCCGGUACGAAAAUUUUAUCCGAUGGGAGGACAGAGAAUCCAAAAUAUUUCGGAUAGUGGACCCCAAUGGGCUGGCCCGGCUAUGGGGAAACCAUAAGAACCGAACAAAUAUGACCUACGAGAAAAUGUCCCGUGCCCUGCGCCACUACUACAAGCUAAAUAUUAUCAGAAAGGAGCCAGGACAAAGACUUUUGUUCAGGUUCAUGAAGACGCCAGAUGAAAUUAUGAGCGGCCGGACUGACCGCUUAGAACAUCUGGAAUCUCAGGAAUUGGACGAGCAGAUCUACCAGGAAGACGAAUGCUGAGGAUUUGAUCCACUUCCUUCACCGUGAUCGAUGGAGAAACCGUCUCUGGAGAUCCGUUGGGCUGGGAAAACAGGGCUCCAGGACUUGGCAUUUAUCUCGGACUGGCAGGACAUCCAAGCACCUUAGCGAAGAAACAGAUUGGUCAGGGUGAUCGAGAGAAAGAGAGCAUAGCCCUCUCUUGCCUGAUGGCUUUUAGGACCUGUCUCGCCUUGGGCUUGAUUUUUUUUUAUAUAUAUUUUGUUUUUGAUUGGUCAGUUUGGGAUAUAUACAUAUAUAUAUAUAUAUAUAUAUAUAUAUAUAUAUAUAUAUAUAUAUAUAUAUAUAUAUAUAUAUAUAUAUAUAUAUAUAUAUAUAUAAAUAUAUGUGUGUGUGUAUAUAUAUAUUAUUAUUAUUUUCUAAUUAAUCCGUCCAAGUAAUAUUUGGGCUUUUUUUAAAAAUUCCUUUUUUGUAGAGCAGAACGUCAGGGGGCUGCAUAUUCCGAAUGCUUUCCUAUGGAAAUUAGCACAACUGUGGGUUCAGUGCAGAUUCUCACGAGAAGCCUCUGUAGGAAAAAAUAAAAAUAAAAACCGAGGGGUCGGAGGGCGAAAGAGGCACCGGAGCGAAACUUACAGAGGCCAAAACUGCUUGCCGUCGGCCUCCCGUCGGCACAAAGAUAGAUCCGAGAACGUUGGACUGCACAAUCCAUGGUUUAGAGCAUGAGAAAUACCGUGUGCUGUCGUCCGUUGGCCAAUGUCGGCUCCUCAAAGCACACGGACCGAAUCCAGGCGCCUGAGCACUGUCGGAACGCGUCGGAGAAACUAUCCCAGAAACCAGUCAAAAGGCAGGAGAUGUCUGACCCAGCUUCAAGAAAGGGUUACGCAGAAACCACACCUGAUGAGGUGGGUGGUGGAUGGAUAUUUUUUGCCGGAUGGUUACUAAAAGGUAUUUCAUCUGCAAGGCAGAAGAACGUGUGGGCCAAGUGAGAUAGUUUUUCGGUGUCUCCCUCUUUUGGGUUGGGGCCUCCGGUCUGUGAGGAAAAUAGUUGGUCCUCCAAAGAGAAGGAAAAGGGUGUAGGAUUUCCAAAAUGGUGGCUAUUAAUUUUCCCAGGUAGUGGCCUUCAAAGCUCAGAGAGGUGAAAUUGAGCCUCUGGGGCUGACCUUCCUCUCCGUUCCUUAUGCUUCUGCUCUAUCCAUGCACACACACCCUCCCCGAAGUUUUCUAGUCAUCUUCCUCAUUCCUUAAGUGGAUGUGAAUACUGAAGACUACUAUUUUUAUUACGUUUCAGUGUUCUGGGUUCUCGCGACGACAGAUGAGCUUCGUAGCCUUAAGAGGAGAUUUGUAUGUGCCUUUGGUUGGUAGGAAGACUUUGUUCUGUAAAACUCCUUCGAGGUUGAAGUCAUCCCUCUUUCUAUACCACAAAUGAAGUUAUUCCUCAUUAAAUUCAGAGGGUUUUUUUGUCAUGACAAAAUGCUGGCUAUAUAAGAGUGGGGUUUUUUUUUUCCUAACAGCCAUGGACAAGAUCAUGUAAACCAUACAUGAAAAGAAGUAAAAUAAUAAUAAUAAUUGCCACAGUAAUUUAAACGGCGUCAGAAAAAGUAACGAACUAUAUCCCUAGGUUCUUUUGGGCAAAUGAAGUAUAUUUGCAUCUGUUUUUCUUUACUUUGUGUAAUAUGGCCUGCUUCUCCCGCGUUGAGAAGCACAAGGACUUGUCUUGAAUUUCAUUUUCGCUUCCCAUCACCGGAAAUCUGUUUCUAGUUUUGGAAAUUUCGUUGCAGCUUUUUGAAGCCUAUUUUCUCAACCGUUAAGGGCUAGAAGCUUACUUUUUGAAAAGGGAGUGUGACGUUUGAGGUACUCAAGAUGGUGAGUACGUACAAUCCAAGAUACAGGCUAGGUGACGUCUAGAAACUAGGACUAGAAACUUCCUUUCUAGAAAAAGAAACUAUAGAAACUUCCAAGAAGGGGUGUUUUUAAAGCGGUCAGAUUGUGGACAAAUUGCGUGGUCAAAGCCUGUAGGUAAAAAAGAAGAUGGGGCUUCAACUCACAUUUAUAGUGGUCAUCUUGACCCACGGAGGCACCCUGGUGAGGAAAACCCGUUGCUUUUCAUUUCUUUCCAAAGCGAAAUGACAUUCGCCCUUGAUAGAAAUGUAUACCUUCCGUUAAAAAUAGCAGCAAAUGAAGAUCGUAACGCACACACACCAGGAAAAAAUGGGUGCUGUCUCUUUCCUACAGCUGCCGCUUCUCCUUUCCCACCAAAGCUUCAAAGCGACUUCAGCUUCCAUCCAUGUUACCAACUUAAGUACCCACCAUAUGUUAGCCAAAAGAAUAGGAAGCAGUCAAGUCUAACCCAGUCCCAACGGAAGCCUCAUUGCCGCCGAAAGAAAAGCUACAAUUUUGAGAAGGCAAGAAAUCCCGAGAACAGGGUCGUGUGCGGUAUUUUGGGGCUUUAGAUGAUGACGAUGGGGGGGGGGGAGAUGCGUGUUUGUGUUGUCGUUUUUCCUUCAUCCACACAGGUCAUCAUCCAAACUUAUAGGCAUCUGGCUAAAAGCAGUUUAUGAAAAUAUGACAUCUGGGGAGACGGAGGGGGGGGAAAAGACUCUGGCUUACGAUAGAUAUUAAAAGUGUGAGAGAAAUUGAAACUGGAACAGUGUGUUUUCCAUAUUCGGGAACUGAAUCACAAUGUUUGUUUCUUUGAAGCCAAAGUACACAUUACAAUUAAUGCAUGGCUGCCCUUCAAAAGGGCAACAGUGGGUCUAUUUGGUAAGAAAAAGAAAAAAAAAAUGCUUCCAGUUGUAACGUUUGGCAUUUCUCUACUCUUAGCCAGUGGUAAAAGGAACAGAAAGUCUGCUAAAUCAAUGUAAAAAAGACUUUGGAAAAGAGCCCCUUGUAAGAAUUCACUCGGAAAUUCCCCAUGUAUACCGAGAAUUGCUGGCAGCUAAGAAUGAAACCUCUUUAUUGUUGUCUGUUGAAUUAGCUGCAGCCAUAUGCAAAGUCGAAAGGAAAUUGUGCUUGUUGCGUUGUUUUCUUUUUUUAAAAAAACAAACAAACAUAAAUCUCUUUUUUUAUUAUUUUCUUAAGUAAAUUAUAAUCUGUUGAAGAUGGCGCUUCCUAUUUUCUUCGAGGUGUGGGGUUUAAGGGAGUGAACUGAAUGAAUGUAAACAAAGCAAAACAAGAAUGCCUUUACUCAGGGCCAGUGAGUUGCAAAUAAUUUUUAAAUGCUUGUAAUUACAUCAUCUCAAUAAAUUUUUUUAAUAU